AAUCAUUUCUCUUGGGAACAGGAACAAGAACAGGAACAGAGCUCUGGUUCUGUCUCUGGCAGACAUCAUCGUCCCCCCGACCUGUCCUUCUUCUCUUUAAAGAGACCUAGUAGUGAACCCACCAACCCACUGGUUUUCUUUAAACAUGGAGCUGGUUCACUAUCAAGAGGGGUUUAUCUUGAACACCAGAGGCGUCAAACUCUUAACAUGCAGAUGGAUGCCUCUUUCUUCUCCAAAAGCUCUGGUUUUCCUCUGCCAUGGAUAUGGCGUGGAAUGCAGUAAUUUCAUGAAAGAUUGUGGGACGAAACUAGCAAAACAUGGUUAUGGUGUAAUCGGGAUAGACUAUGAAGGGCACGGACGAUCGGCAGGGAUUCGUUGCUACGUGAAGAGCUUUCAAUCGAUUGUGAACGAUUGUUAUAACUUUUUCAAGUCUGUUUGUGAUGAGAAAGAAGAGUACAGAGACAAGAAGAGAUUCUUGUAUGGGGAAUCCAUGGGAGGAGCUGUAGCUUUGUUGCUUCAUAAGAAGGAUCCUUCUUUCUGGCAUGGUGCUGUUCUUGUUGCACCCAUGUGUAAGAUUUCUGAGAAGGUUAAACCACCCAAAAUUGUGGUUAACAUAUUGACAAAAGUCGAAGAUUUGAUUCCCAAAUGGAAAAUUGUUCCUACCAAGGAUGUCAUUGAUUUUGCCUUCAAGGAUCCUGUAAAGAGAGAACAGGUUCGCAGCAACAAGAUGAUAUACCAAGACAAGCCUAGGCUAAAGACUGCCCUGGAGUUGCUUAGAACUAGCAUGAAUCUUGAGGCCACUCUACAUGAGAUAAUACUUCCAUUCCUAGUCUUGCACGGAGAGGAAGACAAGGUAACUGAUCCAGAAGUUAGCAGAGCCUUGUACGAAAAAGCGAAAAGUGAGGACAAGACAAUGAAAUUGUACCCGGGAAUGUGGCACGGUCUAACUUUUGGGGAGACUGAGGACAACGUCGAGAUUGUCUUCUCCGACAUAGUAGCGUGGCUUGACAAGAGAUCAUCCCAAGAUAUGGGCCACGGUGCUCAUCACAAUAAAGCAGCAACAUCAGCAUCUCCUCAAAGGUGGAACAUUUAUCAUAAGUCUGCAUUGUAAAGUUUUUAUCCUUAGGGAUAAAUCUAAAGCUUGUUUCCAACCUAUUGUAUAACUCAUUUUUGUAAAAAAUGAAUUGAAAUAUAUUAUUAUCUUUAAGAAACAUUUUAA